UUGCCAAAGCACCACAACACCACUCUGAAGACAUCAGAAGAUAGAAUUUGAAGGCCAAUGGGGAGAUACAUGAAGCAGCAUGACAAAGAAUACUUGAAGAUGGCCAUCUUGAAGCAGGAAACUGCCUUUCGACAACAGGUGCAUGAACUCCACCGUCUAUACCAAGUUCAGCAUCUGCUGAUGAGAGAAAUGAAGAACACCAACAAGAAGAUCCAACUGGACGAACAUUGCAGGGCACUUGAUCUGGAGCUGCCGGCAGAACAAUUCAGUGGAAAGCAACAUAGAAAUGUGGUGUUGGAGACUUACCAGGAAAGCGACUUACAGCUGACGCUUGCAACCGGAAGCAGCACCCGACGAAAAGAAACAUCAACUGCUUCAGAUUGUGGAUCUAGUUUUUCUUCAUCUUCAACACAGUCUGGAACUACAAAACAAAAUGGCAACAGAUCAGGACUGUUCCAGGUUCCUGAGAUUGAUAUGAGGUUCAAUCAUGAUAGGCAUAGUGGAUUCAAGAUUGAGGAACAAAUGAGACAGGAUGGUGUAAAGCAGCGUACUUGGUUUUCUCAAUGUUUGGGCAUGAACAUGACAUGAUUGCUUUAUGCAAAGCAAUGAGAUAUCAUUUGUGGUUGUCAGAGACAACCAAUUUAGAUGGGAAACUGCCCUGUAGAGUUGAAGAUGGUGAGCAGUGAAUCUGUAUAAGCAGAAAAGACAAUAAGCUAGAAUUAACAGAGGAGAGAUGCACGUUAUAAUUGGAACUAGAAGGCCUUAGCAGCUUAAACUAUUAUCAAUGCUAGAAGUACAUUCUCUAAAUGAUGUACUAAGUUGUUUAUUGGAUGAUGUAAAACCUAUCGAUCUCUCAAUCACCAGCAACUUUCAAAUGACAAACUAUUCUGAAGAAGCA